AUGAGGAUAGUUGAUGUCUGUCCCACAGAUAGGGUACUGCCGUGGCCCUGACUUGAGAUGGGAGAAUGUUAUAGCAAAUCUGUGGCCUCAGAGUCUGAAACCCCAGAGAGAAACAGCAUCACAUCUGGAAGUUCAGAGUCAGAUACACAACAAAGAAACAAAAUAUCGGAAGAGUCCCUGGAACCUGGACAGAUGACAUUUACUUUGGAACAUCUUGAGGCCUUGGAGAUUUGCCUGAAGGAAGCAGAAGAUAAAGCUAAAGCCUUAUCUGAACAGCUUUCAGCCUCCGAAGGAAUAAAAUUAAAACUGCUUGAGCAAGUUUCAUGGCUAGAGGGAAAACUACAGUUUCUGGACCAUAAGGAGGACAGUAGGGGAUCAUAUGAAAAAAUGGUUCUUGAAAAAGAUCAGUGCAUUGAGAAAUUACAAGCUGAAGUGAAAGCCUCCCAGGAGCAACUUACAACUCAGAAACUAAAGCACAAAAGGAAACUGAAAAAGCUACAAACUGAUUUGGCAACAGCGAAGCAAGAGGCUGCCAUCACAGUCCUGGAACUCAAGGAGAAGAUAAAGGCUCUAUGUGAAGGAAAGCCAGCCCCUAGAGAGGAUACCGUAUUUGCCGGCUCCUGUGGCAGUCUCCCGCCGGUGGAAGAAGGCGAUCGAAAAAUAAGCCUGAUUAUGGAGCUAUCGACCCAGAUUUCCCUGCAGACUGAGAAGAUAACUCAGCUGGAAGAAGUUUUAGAGGAAAAGGAAAGGAAGAUUCAGCAGCUAGAAGCUGAGCUGGGGGCCCAUCCCUUCCAAGAAGUCAAGGAUUCUCAAGAAUGUUUACAAGAAGCCCCAAUUUUCUUUAAUAAUAGUAUCACUCCUCUGGUCGCUGAUGAGGAUAUGUAA